GCGGGGAAGUACCUCUCUUCAUGGUGGGGCAUGUUGAUGGGCACAGACAUCUUUGUUUGGAUCGAGUCUGGGUUUGAUGAUGGACGGGAAUGUGCGAUUGUAAAGGUGACCCUGUACGCCUCAGCCGCCUUUUGGAUCGAGCAUGGGAUAAAGUUGGCGCUCGGGCAUGGGAGCCUGCUUGCUAAGCCUUUGAGGGUAAUCGAGGCAGUCGCGGCAAAGUGGGCGAGGGAAGUGUCCCGUGAUGGGGGAGAGCGAGUACUAACCCGCGCCACUGUCAGCAUCAUGGUGGGAGAAAGCGGCUUCGCCAAGAUCUUGCUUUGGAGGAAUUCGUGUCUUUUGAAGGUGUUGCUGCACGAAGUGUUGCAAGCGUCAAUGCCCCCAGACCUCCUCGCCAUGUUGUUCCAAGGAAGGAACCUGUCUAGCUUUCUGCGCGACUUUCAGGAUUUUAGCCUUACGAAGAUGUGGGACGAGAAGACAAUGUGGUACAUGUUUCCCGUGUUCGUUUGUGAAGGACUAAGUGAGGAGGUGUACACCCUCAUGUUGAAGUCGCAAACCUGGGAUGAGUUGGAAGCUUCUCUGAGGUUGAGGUUUCCAAAGAAUGGGGUGGAAUGCAGGCUUGGUAAGGGCCCUGAGCAGCCAGCCGAGGCCGCGUCAAUGCAAGGAGAGUUGAGCGGUAUACAGAGGCAAGUUGGGAUGCUGGAAGAGAGAUUGGCGCGGUUGGAGGAAGCCAGGCGUGGCGAGAGGAAGACCUUCGAAGGAGCAUCUAACGGACCGGUUGGGCAAGGUGAGGCGGAGGUAAGGGAGGAUCAUCAGGAGUUACUCCUCCACAAGAAGACCCCAAGAGGGCAAGUUUGCGCCCUAGAAAGAGAUGGAAAUGAAGGGGUCAUUGAGAUCAAGGAGGAGCGAGAAUUUAGUAUGGCCCUACCCGUUAUUGCGCCAGAGCCGAAGGGAGGGCCCAUUGACAAAGAGGCACCGUCGGCUGCGGGUCGGGAGAGGCAAAGGAGUAAGUGGUGGCCAGAGCAUUGGGUAGAAGUGGUAUGUGAUCGUUGGGGAAAGAUUGGCCGCGCCCCUCAAGGAGGCAAGGAAAAGGAGGUGAUGGGUGAAAAAGGGGAGCCUGAACCCCCCAAGUUGACAAAGGCUCAGCGGAAGGCGAGGAAUCGGGCCCAGGAAGGUCAGGGUGCCAAAAAGGGGCAGUGCUCAGGACAAGUGGGGGCCACACCGCAAGAGGUGGAAGGUAGAGUAGCACAAGAGAGGUCCCCGUCGGUUGAGCAGGCGCCAUAUGGGCAGCGGGAACCAUGUGGUCAAGUAGAGCCAAGACCUGUGUAUAAUCCAUAUGUGCCCUGGAUACAAGGCAGUUGGCUGGGCCCGCAAAUGAAUAUGAUGCCGCCCAGGCCUCCUGCAAUCCAGUUUCAACCAGCCUUGUGUAUGAGACCAUUGCAGUCGCCGAUACCACAAGGGGCACAAGGCCAAGUGGCCGGUGGAAGGGAUCAAAAGCGAAAGGCUGAAAGGGGUUGUAGGGAUGAGGGGCACGAGAAAGGGAAGUGGGGUGGCGGCAAGGGUGGCUCUGGUGGGAAGAAAGCGGGUUGGGGAAAGGACGUCUGCAGACAUUGUGCCAAGGAGGGGCACAUGAUAAAGUUUUAUCGGGAGCGAAGGGCCGAUGAGGCAAGCGAUCUAAUAAGGACUGACAUUGAGGGAAAUGUUUUCAACAGGACGGGGGAGUGCAUCGACCCAACCAUCCCUGGGGGAACACGGAAGGAGGCUUUGUGGCGAGACGGGGCGUCGAGCACUGCCUCAUGAACAUAGUCGUGAAGAGGAAGCGUUUGUGUGAGAAGGGCCUGGAAAGUUAAGCAGACUGUAAAUACAAGCG